AUGCACUCUACUUGCUACACCACUGUUCAACAGUGCACUAACUCCGAGAGUAAAAUUCAGCUUACUGCCACCUUAGAAAGAACAUAUAGUGGCUCCUUUGGAGGCGAACAUGCUUACUCCAAUAGUCGAGGAAGCUCCAAAUAUGCCCAAGCCUCCUGCCAAGGUACCAUUGGCAAACCUGUCUGCUGGCCUCCACAAGCGCCAACCCACAUAUCUGAUGGUGGUGGACCAACAGACAGAGUCAGAGAAACCCUCGUUCAAAAACAAAUUGAAGAAUACCUUAAAAGCAUGUAUCCUCCUCUACAUUACCACCCUUUAGCCUUGCCCAAAUCAAGAGGUAUUAAUUUAGACACUCAGACCUUUGAUACCUUAGAAGCCACGCUGAAAGCUUUAAAUACCACCAAUCCCUCCCUUGCAGAAGACUGCUGGCUAUGUAUGACCCUAGGCACACCCAUGCCCCUUGUCAUCCCAGAUAACAACUCCAAUAUCACCUCCUACCAUAAUUGCUCCCUCAGCAUACCCUUUAGAACACUGCCUGUAGCAUUCAAUCUUUCCUCAUGCAUACAAAAAACCCCCCAAAACAACAGCUAUGACUUAAAUGUAGGAUUUGCUAGUUUUGUAAACUGCUCUUCCAUUCAGAACCACAAUUCUGCCAUCUGUCCAGCUCCAGGGCGAGUAUUUGUAUGUGGGGGAAACCUGGCCUACACGGCCCUACCUAUAAAUUGGACAGGAUUAUGUAUACAAGCCAGUAUUCUCCCCGACAUUGACAUUAUCCCAGGGGAAGAACCUGUUCCCUUGCCCAGCUUCGACUAUAUAGCUGGGCGUAGGAAGUGGGCUGUUCAAUUUAUUCCCUUACUUAUUGGUCUAGGCAUUUCGGGAGCUAUAGCUACCGGUUCCGCCGGAUUAGGGACAGCAUUACACACCUAUAAUAAAUUAUCUAACCAGCUAAUUGAUGAUGUCCAAGCUCUCUCAGGCACUAUCAAUGAUCUCCAAGAUCAUAUUGAUUCAUUAGCUGAAGUAGUACUACAAAAUAGAAGAGGGUUAGAUUUGCUCACAGCAGAACAGGGAGGAAUAUGCUUAGUCCUACAGGAACGCUGCUGCUUUUAUGCCAACAAAUCCGGGAUCGUCCGAGACAAGAUAAAAAAGCUACAAGAAGAUCUGGUGAAAAGAUGGAGAGAAUUAUUCGAAAACCCCCUUUGGAGCGGCUUAAAUGGACUCCUACCCUACCUGCUUCCUGCUCUUGGCCCCCUUGUCAGCCUUUUCCUAUUCCUAACCUUUGGCCCCUGGGCCUUUAGAAAAUUGACAGACUUUGUAAAACAACAAGUUGAUAGCAUUCUGGCCAAACCUAUUCAGGUACACUACCACUGUCCAGCCAUGUUAGACCGUGAAUGUGAUUAUAAUGACUUCCAAAACUCCCUCCCUGUGGAGACAGCAUGA